AUGGCUGUGAAUGACAUUGGUGAUGGGUUACCUCCUAUUAGCUCUUGGGCACCACCACUACCUCACGAUUAUAGCAAAGCAGUACCAAAUGAUUUUACACAGGUCCAGGUGCCAGUACAGUAUUUGCUCGAUUUUCCUACUACUGUACCUCAAGGAUCACUUAAUGCUGAGGUACACUCUCUAUUACCCUUGCCUACUCUAUCCUCCCUGCUACCUGUCUCUGAGCAGCCUGUACCAAUAGAGGUGGAUGAUCUGCUGCUUCCUGAGGAGAUAUCAGUCCUCCCUAAAUGGAUGAAAGAGCACAUACAAGGCAUUCUCAAGGCUUUCAUGAGUGCUGACAAGAUGUCAUUAGUAUCAAUGUGGGCAAAGUUAGAGAUCCAGUGUAUUAAUACUGUGUAUUCGAACAAACGACUCUCAAGAGGCUGCCCUACUGACAUGAGUAUGUGGUCAUGGAUGUUAGACAUCAAUUCUGUUCCCUCUGUCAGUGACAUUGGGAUAUUUCAGCAACAGGCUUCCCAUUGGUGGGCAAGUUUACAGCCUCUGUCACGUCAGAUUUCAGGGGUAGACUGGCCACUUUCUCAGACAGUUGUUUCAGGGGAAGAUUGGAGUCAACUAUGUAAGACUGGUAAAAACGGCAUCUAUCUCAUUGUAAUGAUGAUGUGGAUAUGGAAGUUGGCACUUACUGUGGAUCCGAGCCUCUGUAAAGAGUUCUACACAGACAUGACCAAGGAUAUCGCUUGGGCAUUCACAGCAAUGGCUGAUACAUUACCAUCUGUUACUCACAAGGUUACUAAUGAGACAGAUGUGCCUGAGGACUUAGAUGGGUCCUGA